CAAGAUGGAUUCCGCUAAGCAGCCCGUCAAGCUCGUCAAGGUGACCCGUGUCCUCGGCCGCACCGGCUCCCGUGGUGGUGUUACCCAGGUCCGCGUCGAGUUCAUGGACGACACUUCCCGCAGCAUUAUCCGCAACGUCAAGGGCCCAGUCAAGGUUGACGACAUCCUCUGCCUGCUCGAGUCUGAGCGCGAGGCCCGCCGUCUCCGUUAAAAAACCC